UGCUUUGAAAAAUUUGACUCUCCUCUGUCCCAUUCACUACUGCAUGAAAUCCUGCAUUCAGUUGGGACAUUUCCGUCAGUCUUUUCGAGGGAAGAAAUCCUGCGGUUGGGUCGGCCUAUCGGCAUUCUCCUUGAAUACCUUUGCCCUUUUCUCGCGAGGCACCAUCGCACUCUGUCCACCACUUUCGGCUGCGCCCUAUCGCAUACGUCCGACAUCGUACCGUAGGUUAUACGUAACUACCGCUCUCCGUAUGGCUCCCCGCAGCUCAAAGAAGGAGCCGGAUGCAGCUUCGGGAACUCCGAACAAACACGAUCGGGUUACCCGCGGUAGCACCAAGACGCCGCCCUCCGCAGCGAGCAUUGACUCCCAGAAAACAUCCGAAGCGCCGCUGAAAAAGUCAGCGAAGAGAACCUUGCCCGAAGAUACUACCAAAGAGAACAGUCCAAAAAAGAAGGCACCAACGCAUCAAGUCUUGACUGAACGCGAUGACAUUCCUAGGCUUUGGAGUGACGAGCAGGCAGCCAAAAACGGAUCCUACACCAUGAGAAUUGCUUCGUGGAACGUGGCCGGUCUGCGCGCUCUCAUGCGCAAUUCCCCGCAUGCCCUGUCUGAUUUCGUCCGAGAACACAAUGUGGACGUUCUAUGCUUACAAGAGACAAAGCUACAAGAGUCCCAUCUGGACGACCCGAAGCUCAAGAUCCGGGGCCAUUUGCUGGAGAAAGAAGGCUUCGAUUCAUAUUAUUCCUGUUCAACUGCUAGAAAAGGGUAUUCUGGAACAUCAGUCUUUGUCAAAAGGCGACAGCUCAUUAAAGGAAGCAAGGUUGCAAAAAAACAAAAGACUUUGGGGAGCUACUUCGGCAAAAACGAUGAGCGAGAGACAUCAUCAAAUUCGCUUAAGGGAACGGAAGAAUUAUCGAUCGAUCCGCAUCUUUUAGUGCCUGAAGGGGUUUCUUUCCAGAUGAAUGUUGACAAGCACGACUCGGAAGGACGAAUAGUGGUCGUUGAUUUCCCGUCGUUUACGAUGUGCAAUGUCUACGUGCCAAACUCUGGACAGAAGCUGGAAAGAUUAAGUUAUCGCACCGAGGAAUGGGACAAAGAUUUUUUGUCAUUCAUUCAAAAAAAGCAGAAAGAUCGAGGCGUUCCCGUCUUGUGGUUGGGAGAUUUGAACGUUGCGCAUACAAAUCUGGAGGUGUGGAAUGAUGGUGCCAAACACUUGGCGAAACAAGCUGGUGUUACAGCCGAGGAAAGGGCCUCAUUUGAGGCACAAUUAAACGCAGGGUUUAUCGACGCUUUUCGGCGUUUGCACCCAACGGCCAAGGGACACUAUUCUUACUGGAGCCAGCGCGCAGGCAACCGAGAACCGAACAAAGGCUUGAGACUAGAUUAUUUCAUUUGUGAUCCAUCGUUAUUCGACGAAGAGUCCAAGACGAUAGUACGCGAUAGCUAUGUACUCCCUCUGCAGCAAGGAAGCGAUCAUUGUCCUGUUGUGUUGGAGUUGGAGAUUAAAGCCUAA